CAGUCUGACUUGCAUGAUUUUGAUAAUGAACAAUAAAGUGGCUUAAAUCAAUUCCGGCUCUUCUCCUUUUCAACUCCAUCACGAUUCAAAACUUCCCGCUUUAUCUCAUGGUCUUCUCUUCUCCAACUUCAAGACGUCCAUCAGGAUACGAUGAAGAGAACAAAAAGAAGAGGAAUCGCAAAGCAUUAAGUUGCAUUCAAUGCAAAACAAGAAAGAUUAAAUGCGAUCGAGGUGAACCACAAUGUCAAAGCUGUAUCACUCGUGGAAUUCGUGGCGAAUGCAAAUAUGGAAGUUUACCCGAAGAAAGAGAGAGCAGUAAGAGCAGUCGGAAAAACAGUCAAACUCUACAUCGACAUAAACGCCGAUCAGUCUCCAGCACAGAUCGAAAUGGCUCACCUGAUGUCGAUCAUAUUGUGAAUGCAGUACUGAAAAGGCUCAAACGAAGGCGAAGCUCUAUCACCUCUCAAUCAUCAUCCGAUUCAGAACAGGACGAAAGCGAAGAUCGAGAGAAUAGCACACGAAAAAGCUCCGUUACCACAAACGCUCUAACAUCUUCAAGCCCUGCGAAAAAGAGCUCAAAUGAUCUUAUGGAGAUGCUGUACUACAAUGUCAAAAUAGCGCCUAAUGCAGUUGCCCGUAAGGUACAUUUCUCUGCUUUUGGUGGAUUCCGUGCACCGAAUCCUUUCUUUCCCUAUGUUCUUGAUCCAAACACCUUGGUCAAUUCCUCUGAUUUGCUCACAAGUCUCAAGAGGCUACCACCCCGUAUAGCUGUAGAGCGUUUGGUGGAUGUUUACUUACAAGAUCUGGAACCAGCACGAUGUCUGUUCAAUACACAAACAUUGCUGCAACAAAUGAAGGAAUUCUGGCAGGAUUAUGAUCUUUUGCUGAUCCAGGCUAAUCAACUUUCUCCGUCCGAGGGUAAUUCACAAGCUUUGCAAUUACGCACCAGCAUUGUUGAUAAAGAUGACAAAACACGAAACAACCUACGUACAUUGCCCAGACAAGGAUUUCUUGCGGUCUUGUUCCGAUUACUGGAAGCAGGAGGAAGGGUAAUGUCUUUGGACGAGAAAGUACGAAUAGGCAUUUUACCGAUCGGUGCAGAAGAAGAGGCUGCUUUUCAGUGGUAUGAUACGAUGGGUGAUGCAUCGGCUUUGCAUGCAAAGGCUUCGCAGAGUGAUGAAAUUCCAACAAUUUGGACAUUACAAUUAUUGAAGCUGAACGACUUCCGAACAGCGACAAUGGUCAGAUCGAGCUUGGAAAAACAUGCCAAAAUCAAUGGCCCACUGCAUCUUCAGCAAUCGAAUGUUGUUGCGAUGCAAAUAUGUAUCUCUCUGGGCUUGAAUCGCCUGGGAAGUGGCUAUGACGAUGCAGCAGAACCAGUUUCUACCUCGCAAAGGGUGCCUGAAACAGAAGUGGGUUCGAUCUUUGCUGAACAUAUCGUAGCACAAAGCAAUUCUUUACCAAACAAACAGCAACUUCUGACCUCUUCGAUGAAAUUCGGUUCUUCGAUUGCGAUCUUCGAAGAAGGGAAUAUACCCAAUCGUGAAUUAGGUCGUAAAAUUUGGUCAAACGUAGUAAGCAUGGACGCUCUUUUCUCGGGACAUAUCAAUCAACAUCAUUAUAUCAAUAAUUCUGUCGAUCGAACUGCACCACCGUUAGCCUUGACCGAUGAAGACUUGUUCUCUCCGCAUCUGUCUCUUUUAGCGUCUCAAUGCAGGCCUGAUGGCGCUCGAAUCAACGAGAACGUAUAUUCCGCCUAUGCAGUUGCAUUCUCUAAAAUUCUACGUCAAAUGGUUGAAUGGGAAAACGAGAAAGGGGCACCCUUACCCUAUGAGGAUACGUUAAUACUAGAUAAACGAUUCUUUGAUCUGAUGGAAGGUCUACCUCCUUUCUUAUCUAUCAAUGCGCCAGUAAGCCAAAAUCCCGACGAUGCAGAGCGUAGGGUGAUGCUUCAACGAGGCCUCUUGAACGAUCAAUCACAUUUCCGGCUUAUUCAUAUACAUCGUGCUUUUCUGGGGAAAGGGUUCAAAGAUGAGAAAUAUCGAAGAUCUAUAUUCUCAUGCUUAAAGGCUGCACAUGGUGUUCUGGAAGCUCGUAAAGUGUUGGAAAAAGCAGGAUGCGUUUUUGUUCGUUCAGUCUUUCUUGAAUCUCACUUGAUUCACGCUUCUCUCGUUUUUCAACUUGUUCUUUUGCAUGAACUCGAUCGACCACAUCAAGACAAACAAUCAUCCGGUCGGAAGAACCGCGCAAAUGAAACAGAAGCAGGUUUUGGAUUGAUCGAUAUUGACAAAACGAUUGUAAUCCUUGAAGAAUGUUUGGAGCUCUUGAACCCGUCUUCUGAGCUGCCAUCGUUGAGGGAAUAUGUGCCUGGAUUAAAGUCUUUCUUGAAAGGUGCAAAAGAACGAAUAAGAAGGCAAAGGGGUGAGCAUCAUGAUACUUCUGAUGCAGCAAACAUCCUCGCAUCGAUGCCGACGUCAUCUGUUCCGCACAAUGAAAGGCAAGCUCCAUCAACAGAUCCAACAUAUUCAAAUCAAUCGCAAUAUCAGCAAGGCUGGCCAUUGACAAACAUGAACGGCUCAGGUCAAGUCAUCGAUGCCGCCACGAAUGGUGAUCUUGACGUACCAUCUCUUAACGUAUAUGAUCCUUCUAUUUGGAGUUUAGACGCCCUCUUUCCCAAUUAUAUGGACGGAGGUAUCGAUCUGAUUGCAGCUCUUGAAAAUGAGCUAAUGUUCACAGGCAGUGGAUCGAGAUGAUUCCACCCUCAGUCACACUUUUAUGUAUUAUUAGCAUCUUGUUGAUCGUCAUUGUAUAAUUUGUCUACUUAAUGUACAUUGAUAAAAGCAAUUUUGUUCUCAAGAAAGAUUGGAAGGAUAGAUAUAAUGAGGAAUCUCGUUGAAUGAUUCUUUGAUAGUACGGGC